UCUCCUGGAAUUAUGUGGCUGCCAUUAAUAUUAACGGCAGCAUUACUUACCACUUGUGCUGGCCGUGACCUCAGAGUCCGCCAAACACAAUCAGGAAGCACAAGUAGUGGAAGUACUUCCGGUAGUGGAUCUAGUUCCGGUUCUAGCCAGUCCGGUGGUGGAUCUAGUUCUGCUUCUGGCCAGCAACUUUCACAAAACAUGCAGCCGCCAUCAUUUUUACUCAAUCCCUCACAAUUCAUGAGUGGCUCAAGUGCAUCCUCUCCAUCAAAUCCAGGUACUGGUAGUGGAGGAUCUAGUAGUUCGUCAAGUGGCGGAUCCAGCAGUAGUAGUUCAUCUCCUUCCUCUAGCAGUGGAAACUCACCUUCACCCUCAUCUAGUGGUAGCUCAUCUAUCCCAAAGUUUGAUCCUAAUAAAGUAAACCAAAUUCAAGCAAGCUUUUUAGAUCCGUCCAAACUUCAGCUUGGACAAUCUGGCGGUGGAGGUGGUGGAUUUGAUCCAGACCAAGUCAACAGCAUGUCUUUUAGCUUCUUUAAUCCCAGUGCACUUUUGAGUGGCGGUGGAAACCAAGGACCAUCCGGAAGGCGGAGAAGACAAGCGUCUAGUUCUGGUGGUGGUAGCAGCAGUAGUAGUGGAGGGGGAAGCAGCAGCCCACCAAAGUAUGAUCCAAACAGUGUUAACAAACUCACAUCGAACAUGCUAGACCCAUCCUCUUCUAAACUUGGAGCCAGUAAUGGUGCCGCUGGUGGAUUUGAUCCUGAUCAGUUCAACACAAUGCAAUUCAACUUUUUCAACCCCAACCAGAUGUCAGGUGGUGGAGGUGGUGGCGGUGGCGGUGGCAGUGGUGGAAGCAGCGGAAGUGCACCAAAGUUUGAUCCAAACAGUGUCAACAAAAUCCAGGCCAAUAUGCUGGAUCCAUCUACCUCUAAGCUUGGAGCCAGUGGCGGGGCAGCUGGAGGAUUUGAUCCCGACCAGUUUAAUACUAUGUCCUUUAAUUUCUUCAAUCCUCAAGCACAAGUGGGCAAAAGAAGUCUCUUCAAACGUCAGAGCUCUCCAUCUGGCCCGAGCAGUAGUGGUGGAAGUAGUGGGAGCAGCAGUGGUGGAAGCAGUCCACCAAAGUAUGAUCCAAACAGUGUCAACAAACUCACAGCGAACAUGCUAGACCCUUCUUCUUCUAAACUUGGAGCCAGUAACGGUGCCGCUGGUGGAUUUGAUCCUGAUCAGUUCAACACUAUGCAGUUCAACUUUUUCAACCCCAACCAGAUGUCAGGCGGUGGAGGUGGUGGUGGUGGUGGUGGUGGCAGUGGUGGAAGCAGCGGAAGUGCGCCAAAGUUUGAUCCAAACAGUGUCAACAAAAUCCAGGCCAAUAUGCUGGACCCAUCUAAAUCUAAGCUUGGAGCCAGUGGUGGAGCAGCUGGCGGAUUUGAUCCAGACCAAUUUAACACUAUGUCCUUUAAUUUCUUCAAUCCCCAGGCACAGGUUGGAAAGAGAAAUAUUCGAAGACGUCAGACAUCACCAUCAUCUCCAAGUACUAGUGGGUCAACAUCUGGAUCGUCAACUAGCGGCAGCUCAAGCAGUAGUUCAUCUUCCGGUGGGGCAUCUCAGAUGAUGAGUUCAAGCAUGUUUAUCAAUCCCAGCAACUUUUUAAUGGGAGGAAACUCUGGAAGCAGCAGUGGAGGUGGUGGUGGAAGUUCCUCUCCGUCAUCUUCCUCUUCCUCGUCUUCCAGCGGAAGUUCACAACUACCUUCUUUUGAUCCAAACAAAGUUAAUCAAAUUCAGUCUAGUUUUCUGGAUCCUUCAAAAGCACAGCUCGGUUCGGGGGGCUCGGCAUCCGGAGGAUUUGACCCUGAUGCGGUCAACACUUUGUCAUUUAACUUUUUCAAUCCUAAAAAUCUUCUUGGACGGUAG